UUCCGUUCUUUCGCAAGGAUACACACUGCUGCACUAGACUUCUCCGAGCUGAAUUGUCAUCUGGGAAGCAAUGGCGCUUCAUACUGUACCGGCUUUUGUGAACUACGAGGAGCAGGAAGCUGCCUUUGUGGAUUUCCUCCAACACUUCAAGUCUUCUUCCGCCGAAGCUGCGGAACAGCUCGAGGGGCUGGACAUCAGCGGCGAUGGCGAUAGUGACGAGUACGAUAUGAUGGAUGAUGCUGUACCAGACGCAACGCAGGAUCGCGGCCGUCAUUCAAAGCUGAAGUACAUGCAAAUGCUACAGGAGGUGGCAGAUCGCACAAGAUCCGCAGUCGUGAUUGAUCUGAAUGAUUUGGAAGCAUAUGAGAAAGCCGCGUCGAGCGAAGAAGCAGACUAUAAGCUAAUUGCUUCAAUCGAAAGAAAUGCGCACCACUACAUCGAAAUCUUCUCCAGAGCAGUAGACAGAGUGUUGCCUCCGCCAACGAAGGAGCCCAAUUUCAAAGAUGACGUUCUGGAUAUCAUCAUGACCCAGCGAUCGAAACGCAACGAGAGAGUGCAAGAGCAGCAGGGCGGAGAAGAGGGCGCUCAACCUCCCCCUGAGUCUAUAUUUCCCCCAGCCCUCACUCGACGAUACACCUUGAACUUCAAACCUAGGAUACCAUCUGGCGCAAGCAGCCAGCGCAACAUGAAGGCCUUAGCUGUCCGAAACGUACGCGGCGAGCAUCUUGGGCACCUGAUCACAGUCCGUGGUAUUGCAACUAGAGUCUCGGAUGUCAAACCUGCGGUUCAAGUCAACGCCUACUCAUGUGAUCGCUGUGGGUGUGAGAUAUUCCAACCUGUCACGACCAAGCAGUUUACCCCAAUGGUCGAAUGUCCUUCAGAUGAGUGCAAGAAGAACAACACCAAAGGUCAGCUGUUUCUUUCGACUCGCGCAUCGAAGUUCCUCCCAUUCCAAGAGGUUAAGAUUCAGGAAAUGGCCGAUCAGGUUCCAGUAGGCCAUAUCCCUAGGCAACUAUCUAUUCAUUGCCACGGCGCUUUGGUCCGUCAGAUCAAUCCAGGAGACGUCAUUGAUGUAGCGGGUAUUUUCCUUCCUACCCCAUAUACUGGAUUCAAAGCCAUCCGCGCUGGUCUUCUCACAGAUACUUACCUGGAAGCUCAGUAUGUGAUGCAGCAUAAGAAGGCAUAUGACGAUAUUGUUCUUGCCCAGCCUACAUUGCGACGAAUGAAUGAGCUCGAGAGGACCGGCCAACUAUACGAAUAUCUUUCACGGUCCAUCGCACCCGAAAUCUUCGGUCAUGUUGAUGUAAAGAAAGCCCUGCUUUUACAGCUCAUUGGCGGAGUCACGAAGGAGGUUGGUGAUGGUAUGCGCAUUCGUGGUGACAUCAACGUUUGCUUGAUGGGUGAUCCUGGUGUUGCCAAAUCCCAGCUUCUCAAGUAUAUUACCAAAGUUGCGCCUCGCGGUGUCUACACUACCGGUCGUGGUAGCAGUGGUGUCGGCCUCACUGCUGCUGUGAUGCGUGAUCCAGUCACGGACGAAAUGGUCCUUGAAGGUGGUGCUCUUGUGUUGGCCGACAACGGCAUGUGCUGUAUCGACGAGUUCGACAAGAUGGAUGACGGCGACCGUACGGCUAUCCACGAAGUUAUGGAGCAGCAGACCAUUUCAAUUAGCAAGGCCGGUAUCACGACUACCCUAAAUGCCCGUACAUCCAUCCUCGCAGCCGCAAACCCUCUGUACGGACGCUACAAUCCUCGGAUUUCUCCAGUUGAAAACAUCAACCUCCCCGCAGCACUGCUCUCACGUUUCGAUGUCCUCUUCCUCAUCCUAGAUACCCCUUCACGAGAUUCUGACGAAGAGCUUGCUCGCCAUGUCACGCAUGUCCACAUGCACAACGCUCAUCCUGAAGCCCCUGGAGGCAUUGUGUUCUCUCCUGCCGAGGUACGGCAGUGGGUAGCCCGUGCAAGAUCCUACAGGCCAACGGUUCCCAAGGAGGUCUCGGACUACAUGGUCGGUGCCUACGUGCGGAUGCGACAGCAGCAGAAGCGAGACGAAGGUUCAAAGAAGGCCUUCACUCACACCUCGCCGCGCACUCUCCUUGGCGUUCUACGUCUCUCGCAAGCUUUGGCUCGUCUGCGGUUUACGAACGAGGUUAUUACCGAGGACGUAGAUGAGGCAUUGAGACUUGUCGAAGUCAGCAAGGCUAGCUUGUACGCAGACGAGAACCGCAGAGAUGAUCACACACCGAGCAGCAAGAUUUAUCAUCUUAUCAAGACAAUGGAAGCCAGCGGUGCUGCAGCCGUUGGGGACGGAACUCGAGGCGAGUUGGAUCUUCGACGGGUUAGGGAACGGGUACUGGCUAAGGGCUUCACCGCGGACCAGUUCGAGCAGGCAAUUGAUGAGUAUGCUCUAUUAGACGUCUGGCAAACGACUGGUGAGGGCACAAGGUUGGUCUUCAUUGAAGCUGGAGAUGAGGAUAUGGACGCCGACAAUGACUUCUAGAGAGUCAAUGGUAACGAUUUUCGGCGGGGAUUAUGAUGGCUCAUGGAUAAGGCGUGCUACGGCGUUUCGAGAUCCUGGGUUGGAUGUAUGUCAAGAUGUGACUGCUCUCUGCUAUCUGCAGUCGAAGAGCGAUUGGAUUCAUG